CAGCUCAAAAGAAAUGUGAAAUUUAAAAAUUAUGCAUAUGCUCAGAAUGUAAGACCUAACAAAGUACUUGAAGCUGCAGCUUGGUUAACUGCAAAUGGAAAAUUAUAUCAAGAAAAGGGAAUAACUGUAGACACAACCUGGAAAUUAGAAGAAAAUCCCUGCAGCUCUGAUACAUUUGAACAAACAAAAAAAGAGCAUACAACUAUUAAUAACUUGAGUGAGGAACAAAUACAAAACUUACUGAAAGAAUUUGUUUGUGUUGAAUGCCCUGCUAAUUGUGAAAACAUUCAAUUUUCUGAAGAAGGGCACCUUAUGGAUCAGGAUGGUGAUUUUGCAGAUGAAUUCUAUGUCAUUUUAGACAAGCCUUAUAAAUAUGAUCCAUCUGUUGAUGUUGACAAAUUUGUGGCUUCUAUUCAAAAUGAAAGAAAAAGUACUGGUUCUUCAGAACAGCCACACCUUUUAAGUGUACCUGCAUUCAAAUCACAAGAGAGAGGCAGAUCAAAAUAUCGCAAGAAGAUAAAUACAAUCAGAUCUUGUAGUAGAGAACGAAUUGAAAAAGUCAUUGCUUAUAAGCGCCACUAUAUUCUAAGAAAAUAUAAGCAUUUGAAACUGAGUUAUUAUGGCUUGUUCAAAAGAAAAAAACAAGGAAGAACAUGGUACUCAAGAUACUUCAGAACUGUAAAGAAAAUUCGACACAGAGUAAGAAAUGUUUUACACUUGCAAAAGGAGUUAUCAUACUUACAGCAAAGACACAUAUUACCUACAUAUUGUGAAUCUGAAAAUGAGGUACAACACCUACGAACUGACAAUACUUCAUUUCAUUUUAUGCCUGUAGAUGCCUUCUGGCAAGAGAAAAUAACCGAGAAACUAAACUUACCAUUAAAGCGUCUACACAAUUGGCCUGAAACUGGUAAUAAUAUUCUCUUGACAAAUCCUAGGCAGUUGAAGAAAGUUAUUGGAGAUGGAAAUUGUUUUUUUCGAAGUUUGUCUUUUGCCAUCACUGGUUCUGACAUGUUGUAUGAUAAUGAUCACAUUAUACUUAGAAACAACAUUGUCAGUCAUAUGAAGCAGCUUGAGUAUGCUUUUGCAAGUAGUAUGUUAGGUGAUAAUGACAGUACCUCAGCAAAUUAUAUAAGACGAACAGGCAUGGAUAGUGAAAAUGUUUGGGGUACUGAAACAGAAAUUCUUGCUGCAGCACAUCUACUACAAACGGACAUCUAUGUUUACAGCAAGCCUGGUGACUCUUGGAAAUGGUUAAAGUAUUCAGCUAACUUUCUUGACCAGAACAAUCAUUCACAUAACACAGCCAUUUACCUACAAAAUACAAACUCUGAUCACUAUGAUAUCGUGCAGAGUGUAUGCGACUCAUCAUUGUCUGCUGAUAGCAUAAACAAGAACUUGCUGCAAACAAAGCAGGUAACACAAGCUAAAUCAGAUAUAAGUAAAUAUUUACAGGCAAAUGAUUUUACAGAUUGGGAUGAAAUUGAUGAGGAAGAAAUGAAACCGGGUAUAAGAGAUACAAUGUUAACAGGUAGAGACUUCUUAGAAGACACAGAGAGAGAGAAAAUUUACUCUUUUGCACCUGGUCAAGAAGGUCAUCCACUCAGCAUAUUUAGAGAUGAACACUGUGAGGAACUGGCUUUUCCUGAAAUAUUUCUUGGUAAUGCGCGGCCUGCAAAUAAAAACAGACUUGUCCCUGUACACUACAGUGACAUUUGCAAGUCAGAAUUAAGACGCAUUGACAGAAGAGCAGCAAUGUGUGUUGACAACAUAUUUUUUAAAGCAAAAAAACUGCAGAUGAAAAGAUUGAUUGGGUCAGCUUCUCUUGCUGUAAGAAAACAUAAAACAAGUGGAAAAAAACUCACUGCAGGAGAUUUGAAACAGUCUGGAAAAGGAAAAUACCACCUACUUGGAGAAUAUUUAUGUUCAGUUGAAACUUCUUUCCAUGGGGUCUAUGGAAACAAGACUAGGAUAGGAUUUCUCUUCUUACUCAUAGUAUGA